AUGACAAUGAUGAAACAUGUCCCCCAUGUGGCUGUAAGGAUGGAAUCAGCGUGGACUGAUGAUAAUGUAGCCCGAAGGUUUUGGAACUACAAAAAUUCCUUGUCAGUUGAAGGUCCAAAAUGUAAAUUUUUUAUGUGGAAAGACGAUGAAAUGGAUGAGGGGUAUUACAAAGACCAGCUUCGUAAGAUGAGGUUUGAGCUAUGCAGAAAGGAAGACCACAAUGAGGUAGCGAAGGAACAGAAGAAAUUGGUUAAGUUGCAGCAAGAUAGGGAAGCUGAGAAGGAAUUUUUCGACAUGGAGUUGAUGGAACUGAAAAAGGAAAACACUCUGAUGAAGACUUACCUGGGAAUUGCUAAGUGA